GUUUACGACAAGGGCAACAAGUUUUUGUUUUUCGUUAAAUGCGAAGGAGCAUGUUCUUUUAAGUGUGUUUGUUGGUAGUUAAAAAUGUUUAAUUGCACUCGAGCGUUGUAUAAUGUUACAAAUUUAACACUUUUUCUUCGAAACAACAGAGAAAAUGCUGUAAAAAUUUUAUCUACCAAUAUUGUAUUGCCUACAAGAGAAAAACAUGGAAUUCGGAAGAUAAAAGUUCAUGAUAAUUAUUGGGUACCCAGAAGAAGGGCUCUCACUGAUGAUAAACUAACUGAAGAAAAUAAAGCGUUCCUUCAAGAUGUCAUUGAGGAAAGAUUUUUGAAACCAGGCGAAAGCCCUUUGAAAGAAAAUCAAGAAGUAGAGAGAGCUAAAUGGACACCAGAAUCUGUAAGAGUUGGUGUCAUUGCUAGAAAAAUCGGAGCAUAUCCCAUGUGGAAAAAAAAUGGGGAAAAAGUAUAUACUACACUUUUGCAGGUAGUGGACAACCAUGUUAUAAGGUACAACCCUCCAGAAAUUUUCUCACAAUCAAAAUACUAUAGUAAUACAAGCAAUAAAAACAGGACGUAUGGAAGUUUAGUUGUAGGAGCUGAAAAUGCCGAUCCACAACUGUUUACAGCAGCAUAUAAUGGCCUUUUUGCUGAAGCAGGUGUAAUGCCUAAGAAAAAAUUGACACGUUUUCGAAUAACCCCUGAUGCUAAAAUUGAGCCAGGUACACCUCUGUUUGCUAAUCAUUUUAGAGUUGGAGAUCAUGUUAAUGUUCGAGGAAUAACACGGUAUCAGGGUUUUCAAGGUGUCAUGAAGAGAUAUGGUUUCAAGGGUGGACCUAAAACACAUGGUUGUACAAAGAGUCAUCGUCGCCCGGGAUGCAUCGGCGGUGGUAGAGGUCGAGGUGUGUGGAAAGGAAAAAAAAUGCCAGGAUUAAUGGGUGGACGUUACAGACUUCAUGUAGGACUAAAGGUUUGGAGAAUCAAUACAAAAUACAAUGUGAUUUAUGUGCAUGGAAGUGGAGUUCCUGGUGGUAUUAAUAGCUACUGCACAAUCUACGAUUCUUACGUGACUAAAAAACAUCAUACAGAAGAAAGUCCCCCACCCUUUCCAACAUUUUACCCAGAAGAUGUAAGUGAACCAUUGCCGGAAAAUACGUUUGAUAAAGACUUGCAUACAUUUUCUGAGCCAUCAGUUAUCAUAGAAGAAGAGGAAACCAAAGCAAAAUCUUGAACAUUUGUGCUUUUAACAUAUAAAGCAAUUGCUGGUCAGCUAAGCUAUUGCUCAGUGUUUGAUAUCUGAAAUGAUUUAAAUAAAGCUUAGCAUU